AUGGACUGGAAACGUAGGGCUGAAGGGUUUAACCCUCGUAAGCGGUCAGCGAUGACUAAUGGGUCUAUCAAAAAUAAAAAACAUGCCAAACGUAAACGCUUAUCCACCAGUGUGCAGCAUUCAUGGCAAAAAUGUAUGGAUGGAUUUGAUGACAGUAUUAUCGAAAAAGAAAAGGAAGUAACUCCAAAGGCAUCUAAAAUAAAAAAGAAAUCAUCCACUGGAAAGAAAAAUAACAAAAGAAGUGGAUCAGUUAUAACUCUAUCACAUACAACUGACAAUGAUACAGCUGAGAUACAGUGCUGGAGUUCAACUGAUGAUGAUGACAACUCUGGCACCGUCUCUACUGAUAGACUACGAAAAGAGUCAUCGAUGGAUAUUGAUAUUUCUGAUUGCGAGUCUCUGAGUGAAGAUGAGAAAUCUGAAGAGCCAAAAAUGACUUCACAGUCUGAGAAGGAUAACUUAUCCGAACUGAUAUCACUAGCUAGCAGCAGUUCAACAGCCGCAUCAUCAUCUACACCUCAAAGUAGUCAUGUGACUGGUAGUCAGAAGAAAGGCAGUGAUUGGUUGAAAGCUGUUAAAUUGAAAACACCUGAUAAGAAAUCAGACACAGAUGCCAUGACAAUGCAAUUUGAAUCUACCCGGAAGAAGAAAAAAUAUAUCAGGGGUGGCUUAGCAGAGCAACUACAAAAGAUUGUGUCUCGAGAAAAAUCAUCGAUGACGUUCUGGUCACAUCAGAAUUCAAGUGCCAAGAAGGGAGAAAAAGGAGAUGAUACAUCAUCAGCUCUAACUGUUAGAGUACUACAGAUCUCUACAGAGUAUGGUCUACAUGUCACACAAUGUGAGGUAUUGUCAGAUACCGCUAGUCAGCAAAGUGGAAUGUCGUUUGUAACAGUACUAUUCACUCAUAGUUUGAGUCAACAACUCACAUUGAAUGUUGGAUUAAUUAUUAAGAUUUACCCUCCUUGGCAGAAGCUUGUUAUUACACAUCGUAGAGAACCAGUUAUCUUAUGCACAUACUAUUGUCAAGCAAUCAACACACUUGAAGACAGCGAUAUGACUUCCCAGCAAAUACUGUCUUUAAACACAGAUGUGGAGCACACUUCAUUGUCCAUUAUUUCACCAAAAAAAAAGUUAAAACCGUCCAGACUAUUUGGUAGGAUAUCUUCUUCACCAGAUGUGAUAGAGACAACUAUUAUACCAUUGAGCUCCAAGAAAGUGAUAAGUGACUCCUUCAUAGAUAGUAUAGAAGAGUGUAGUGAGCACAAUGAUAGCGGACUAUGUGUUAGAGCCACUGUACAGCGGAUAUACUGUAAACAAAUACCACAAAGUAAUGCUGGACUGUCUAGGCAAGUAAGACAUCCCUCACAUCGAUAUCAGUGGGUUUUAUUACUACAAGACAAACACAAUGCAUUCUGUGAAUUACUACUGCCAUGUCAUUGCACUGAGAACCCAACAUGGAUGGAUUGUAUAAAAUAUGGACAAGGUAAAGUGUUCACUUUCUCUGGAAUACGAGUAGUACAGAGAACCAACAGAACAAAGUCUCCUGGUCUUUUUUCAUUGAUUGAUUCUCUAUGGUCAUCGGAACACAGGCAGCUUGUGACUGACCAGAGUUCCUUAUCCCAGGACAGCAGCCAUCAUGUGGUGCCUAGUUUUUGUUAUAUUAUCACUACAACAGGCUGUGAUAACACAAUAGAGAGCAGAGAUGAGGUAUCAUUGUUAUAUAAAUCACCAAAGAUAUAUACACUCAAAGAAAUACAAAUG